AUAUUAUUUUAUUGGUCCGGCCCACUUUAUAUCAUAUUAGGCUGUAUGUGGCCCCUGAACUAAAAUGAGUUUGACAUCUCUGAUCUGAAAAAACAGUGGACUUCAUCAUAUGUCUCCAAAGAUCAUCAGGAAAAUGUGUAAAAGGAAUCCACCAGUUAUAUAUGAUAAAUAUGAAAAUGGUCAAUUAUUUGUAAUUAUAACUAUAAAUGUGACACUACUGUUUCCUCUACAUAAAUACUCAGAUCUCCUUUAAGAACCACAUAAAUCCUAUGUCUGUAACAUCUUUAAUCCUACAGCUUUGAUAAGAACAUGUAAGUUUUACACUUAUGAACAGUCACACCCAGAUUCCAAGAAUGAACAAGAUGGUUGGUUUUGGCGCGUGUUCACUGUUGCUCACAGCUUUCAACGAAUCUAGUACGAGCGACAGCACAGCCUCAUUUACAUACAAGCUGAAUAAAUGAAUAGCUUGGACAGAGUCAUGACAUCCUGUCUUGUGAAACAUUACAAGUCAACAUGCCUGAGCAAGUGAAAGUAGCAAAGAAAGGCUCCAAGAAAGCCGUGUCAAAGUCCGCCGGUAAAGGAACCAAGAAAAGGAGAAGGGGAAGGAAGGAGAGCUACGGCAUCUACGUCUACAAAGUCCUGAAGCAGGUCCAUCCUGACACCGGCAUCUCCUCCAAAGCCAUGAGCAUCAUGAACUCGUUCGUCACUGACAUCUUUGAGCGGAUCGCCGGUGAAGCCUCCCGUCUGGCUCUGUACAACAAACGCUCCACCAUCUCAUCCAGGGAGAUCCAGACCGCCGUCCGCCUCCUGCUGCCCGGGGAACUGGCCAAACACGCCGUGUCUGAGGGCACCAAGGCCGUGACCAAGUACACCAGCUCCAAGUAAAUCUGCAGCUUUCUGCAUCAAACUAAAGGCCCUUUUCAGGGCCACACACCGCCUCAUAAGAACAACUUCCACGUGUGGAUGCAGUAAUAGAAUUUUCAACAAGUUACCACAGUAUUUCACAACCUAUUUUGGCUCGUGACCCCAUCUUAACCUUAUUACAUUUCUGGCGA